AUGCCUCAACAAUUCUCACAAUUCUCACAAUUCUCGCAAUCUGAACCAUUCUCACAAUCUCAACAAUCUCAACAACAAUCUCAACAACAAUCUCAACAAGAUUCAUUUUCUAUGUCUUCACAUAAAUCUCCACUUCGUAUAUCAACCAGAUCAUAUGUUACGGAAGUUAUUAGUCCUUAUGUCAACAUUAAUUCCUGGGCCAAUGAAAAAGUAGGGUCUACUAAUAAAACUCGAACCACUGAUGAAUUCCAAGAUUUACAAAAACAAACGGAAGCAAGACACAAUGGAUUUGAUAAACUUCAUGUGGCGACAACUACCUAUAUAAAGUCAAUGUCCAAGAAAAUCGAAUCCGUUGAAGAGAAAUCAAAAUCAUUACCAAUUGAAUCUCUUGGUUCUACGAUGAGAGUAUAUGGUGAAGAUUUAGGUUCCGAAUCCGCAUAUGCUAAUGAAAAGAUUGCGGAAUUACAAUUAGAAUUUGUUUCAAGAGUUCGCGAAGAAUUUAUUGAAGGGUUAGAAGCAUCAAUUGGAGAUUUGAAACAGUAUCAAAGAAAACUUGAAUCUCGUCGACUUGAUUACGAUGCAAAAUUAAAUAAAGUUCAAAAAUCUAAAAAAGAAAAACCAGAAUUGGAAGAAGAAUUACGAGCCUCAAAAGAAAAAUAUGAUGAUACAACAGAAGAAUUAUGUACAAAAAUGCAAAGCAUAAAUGAUUCUGAGGAUCAAUAUAUUCAAGAAUUGACAGCAUUUUUGGAUUCACAACUUGAAUAUUAUAAAAAGAGUUACGAAAUUCUUUCAAAUGUGAGAAAAGAUUGGGUUGAGAGAUCAACAAAAACCCGUCGAACUCCUACAAGAUCAAAAACUUUGGAUUCAAAUAAUUCACUUUCACAUUCAGAUAUUGGGGAAGAUCAAUAUUCAGAUGAUGAAAGUGUUUAUCAACGUUCCAGAGAAUCACGUCAAACCACCAAUAAAAAAUCUAUAAAAUCAAAAACUUCAAAUAAUAAUCUUAGUGUUCCCAGUAAUGCUUCAUCAUCAUCAUUAUUACCUAGAAACAAAAAUGCAAAAUCCCCAGAUACUGGAAGUAAAUCACGGAAAUCAGUUAAAGCAAUUUAUGGUUAUGAAGGGGAAGAUGAAGGUGAACUUACAAUAGAUGAAGGUGAUAUAAUUACUGUAUUAGAAGAACAUGAAGGUUGGUGGAUUGGUGAAAUUAUUGAUUCAGAUGGUACUAGAAGAAGUGGUAUACCUUCCAUGUCACGUAAUAGUUCUUAUAAUUCUCGUACAACUUCACAAAAAUCUUUUGUUAUGACACCUCAUCGUUCGGGAUCACCCGCCAUACCACCAAUUCCUUCUCGUACUUCUAAACCAUCUCAAAAUACUUUUCGAAACAUACCAUCAUCUGUUACCCCACGUGUUGUGAAACCUCAACGACAAAAUUCCCUUGGAACCAAUGCACAUUCAACAUCACCAACCAAUGUUAGUGUGGGUG